GAAUUUCUCGUUAGUCCAAAGCAGUCCAAAGUGAUACAAGAUACAUCGCGGACUUUACUUCAUUUUUGAGGAGCCGUUCUUCCUAAUUAGUCUUCGUACUUGGAGAAAUACAAAAUCAUGAAAGUUGUAUUCUUUUUAUUUGUGGCAAUAUGUGCCACAGCACAAGCUGUUUCUUUCUUUGAAGUGGUCAAGGAAGAAUGGACAGCAUUCAAGUCAGAACACUCCAAAUUGUAUAAAUCCGAUGUUGAAGAAAAGUUCAGAAUGAAGAUAUUCAUGGAUAACAAACAUAAAAUUGCUAAACAUAAUACCAAUUAUGAACAGAAAAAAGUUUCUUAUAAGUUAAAGAUGAACAAGUAUGGAGACCUGCUUCAUCAUGAAUUUGUGAAUUUAUUAAAUGGUUUUAACAAAUCGAAAACUAUAAACCAUCCAAGCAUUCUUGGAGCUGCAUUUAUUGAACCAGCAAAUGUACAGUUACCAGAAGCUGUAGAUUGGAGAGAAUUUGGAGCUGUUACAGAGGUGAAGGAUCAGGGUCAUUGUGGUUCUUGUUGGGCAUUUUCAGCAACCGGAGCUCUGGAAGCACAACACUUUAGGACAAAAGGAGUUCUGAUUUCUUUAAGCGAACAAAAUUUAAUUGACUGCAGUGGAAAGUAUGGUAACAAUGGAUGCCAAGGUGGAAUAUUAAAUGCAGCAUUCCAAUAUGUUAAAGAAAAUAAUGGUAUUGAUACAGAGAUAAGUUAUCCAUAUGAAGCGGAGAAUGACAAAUGCAGAUUCAAUCCGAUGAACAAGGGUGCCUCUGAUGUUGGAUACGUGGAAAUUCCUCAAGGAGACGAAGACAAACUCAAAGCAGCUGUUGCUACUAUAGGACCGAUUUCUAUCGCUAUUGAUGCGUCGCGUACAACCUUCCAGUUUUAUUCUGAAGGAAUAUACUAUGAACCUGAGUGCUCUUCAGAAGAAUUGGAUCACGCUGUAUUAGUAGUAGGAUAUGGAACCGACGAAAAUGAGCAAGAUUACUGGUUGGUUAAGAACAGUUGGGGAACAACGUGGGGCGACCAAGGAUACAUAAAAAUGUCUAGGAACAAAGACAAUAAUUGUGGCGUUGCUUCCUCUGCUGUUUAUCCUCUUGUCGGGCCCCAAGGAUAAUUUUAAUACUUUGUAAAUAACUUCAAGGAUAAAAAAGUCUCGAUGAAGAGUACUUCAAUAAGUGAAAUAUAAUGAUUUUCCAUUUACUGGUGAUAACGAAUGUUUGUGUACAUUAUAUUUAAGUUUAUAUUUGUAUUUAAAAGAAACAAAAAUAUAUUUUAUAAAUAUACAAA